AUCAGCGUCUGCAGAGAAAUGCGAGCGGGGAGCGGCGACAAGAUGCCCGGUCGCGCAGCGCUCCGUCGCCCGCAGACAUGAGCGGGGUCCCGUGCGCCUCUCCCGCCCGCCACGCGUCGCUCUCACCAUGCGGAUCCACCGCAAAGUAGUUGUGAUCGCCGUGUGCUUCGGAGUUUUCCUACUUUUGUACUUUUUGGGGGGCAACGCCGCGGACGAUCCGCCGUCGAAAGAAGUUGCGGAGGAGGAGGAGGGGAAGGACGGCACCGCGUCCCGGUCGCCCCCUGAACGCGCGCACGAUGUUGCAGCGAAGUUUGCGAAGAAGUCGCACCCCGGAGGAGCCGGCGGGGGGGCGCCGGAGCCCCCCGGUGUGCGCAAAGAGCGGCGCGCAAUCAACGCGGGCGCAAAGAGCAAACGGCGGAGCAUCGUGGGCCGACGCGUGACCCGGCGCAAGCGAGCGGAGGAGGUCAUGCACCUGGCCGUGGUGGCCUGUGGGAACCGGCUGGACGAGACGCUCACCAUGGUCAAAUCAGCCCUGCUGUUCAGCCUCAAGAGGAUCACGUUCCACAUUUUUGCCGAGGACCCGUUGGCCCCGCAGUUUGAAGAGAGACUGAAGCUGUGGCCCCCGUCUGUCUCCGCCAAGUUCCAGUACAGGAUCUACCCCAUCACCUUCUCUGUGGGGGACGCCGACGAGUGGAAGAAGCUCUUCAAGCCGUGUGCUGCUCAGAGACUCUUCCUCCCCGUAAUCCUGAAAGACGUGGACUCGCUGCUCUACGUAGACACUGACGUGCUGUUCCUGCGGCCCAUGGACGACGUCUGGAGCCUCCUGAAGACCUUCAACGGCACCCAGCUGGCAGCGAUGGCCCCGGAGCACGAGGUCCCAAAGAUCGGCUGGUACAGCCGCUUUGCUCGCCACCCCUUCUAUGGGGUCACGGGGGUCAACUCCGGCGUCAUGCUGAUGAAUCUGACGAGGAUCCGCAGCACAAUGUUCAAAAACAGCAUGAUCCCCAGUGGCCUCUCAUGGGAAGAUAUUCUGCAUCCACUCUACCAGAAAUACAAGAACCACAUCACCUGGGGAGACCAGGACCUUCUCAACAUUAUCUUCCACUACAACCCAGAGUGUCUCUUCAUCUUUCCAUGCCAGUGGAACUACCGGCCGGAUCAUUGCAUGUACGGCAGCAACUGUAAAGGGGCAGAGGAGGAGGGCGUGUCCAUUCUCCAUGGCAACCGCGGCGUGUACCACGACGACAAGCAGCCAGCGUUCAAAGUGGUCUACGAUGCAAUACAUGAUUUUCCCUUCGAAGACAACAUGUUCCAGUCGCUGUUCUACCCGAUCCAGACCAAGUUCCUGGACACGGUGAACACCCUGUGUGGUCGCAUCCCUCAGGUCUUCCUCAAGCAGAUAGAGAAGACCAUGAGGAAGGUGUUCGAGGACAGAGUGGUGCGGCACGUCAGGCCGCACUAAUAAAGCGAUGGAGGCGUGGACGCCCUGGUCUUGGGCCGCCUGUCACGGCGAACUGGGGGCUCCGUGUUUGCUGUGCAGUCGACACGUACUACUUCCUGGAUUUGGUCUGGUGAACCUCUGUGUGGGUGAAAAGUACACAGAAGCAUCCGGUGCUGGUCAGUGAUGCCGUAGAAUAGGUUUGCCUUAUUGUCGUCUUCAAACUUUCACAUCAGUUUUAUAACGUAUGAACAUUGGAAAAAAACUAGUACUGCAAAAAUGAUAAUAAUACAUUUCUAUGACUAAUUAUGACCGUAUGAUAUUUGCAUCUCAAGUGCGGGCUGAAAGUAAAAAUUAAGGCAAAUUUGCCUCAACUGAGACAAAAGCACCUGAGGUUUUUAUUUCCCCCGUGAACACGAGCAACAAAGUCCAUUUUGAAGAGCUGUGCUACUCAAAGUGGUAGAUCUGCAAACCGCUGCCCUACAAUCAUGUGAAUGUUUAACCAGCAAAUAACUUGAAUGGUGAGCUUGGCGUGAAUGAGAAGAGUUGUCAAAAUGCCACUGUCAGUAUUAAAUACAGCCCAACCGAGAGAAAGACGAAUGUUAAAAUGCACUUUCUGAAUGAUUUGAGACUGGAUGGUUGUUUGUACGCAACAUGUGAGAUGCUACACUGUCCGAGGGAAUCUAAACCAAAAGUGCUAGCUUUUUAAAUACACCGUGGAAAUACCAGAGCUGAGUGUGUGCCAUAGUCAUGUCUACUAUUACAGAAAAAUGAGUGUGUGUGUUUUCAGGGUGCAUCUUGGUUUUCAAUGUGUGUUUAUGGUCCGAUGUGAACACGCGGGUCACAUGUUUUUGCAGCAUUACUUUCAAUGUGGUGUAAUGAUCUAAAUAUGUCAUUCCAACCGGAAACUGGACUUUGCUGCAUCAUCAAAAUGUGUUUCUAAAUAAAUCAAUGCAAUGUGCUGAGUCUCA